AUGGCAACUGGCAACAAGAAAAAGCCACUGCAGGAGGUGUGGCAGUGCCAAGCCAACAGGCAACACACCAUGAGCCACACUGAGGUGCCCUACCUGGAUCACCUAUUGGCCCAGAUCAAAAAGAAGAUCAAGAAGAGCAGGCCCCAGGCUAAUGUCACCCAACCAAACACAGACAGCAAGCAGUUGUGGUGUUGGGGCAGGUAA